AUGUCCUCACUACGCAAUUUAGCCACUUUUUGGCUAAAUUGCAAGUUUAUUUGCCUUUUAAUUGUGCUGUUAUUGCUUUGCGAAAGUGUCGUCCAAGUGCAUGCAAAUCCAGAUGCGAAACGCCUAUACGAUGACUUGCUGAGCAAUUAUAACCGCCUCAUACGACCGGUUAGCAAUAAUACGGACACAGUUUUGGUAAAGCUCGGUCUGCGCCUAUCACAGCUGAUCGAUUUGAAUUUGAAAGACCAAAUUUUGACGACCAAUGUUUGGCUCGAACACGAAUGGCAAGAUCACAAAUUCAAGUGGGAUCCCUCCGAGUAUGGUGGUGUUACGGAAUUGUAUGUGCCAUCCGAGCAUAUUUGGCUGCCAGAUAUAGUGCUGUACAAUAAUGCCGAUGGCGAAUAUGUGGUUACCACCAUGACAAAGGCUAUCCUCCAUUACACAGGCAAAGUUGUGUGGACUCCGCCAGCGAUUUUCAAAUCAUCCUGCGAAAUCGAUGUGCGCUAUUUCCCAUUUGACCAGCAGACCUGCUUCAUGAAAUUCGGUUCAUGGACAUAUGAUGGUGAUCAGAUUGAUUUAAAGCACAUCAAUCAACGUAAUGAUAAAGAUAAUAAAGUCGAGAUCGGCAUUGAUCUUCGUGAAUACUAUCCCAGCGUGGAGUGGGAUAUUUUGGGUGUGCCAGCUGAGCGUCACGAAAAAUAUUACCCAUGUUGUGCUGAGCCAUAUCCAGAUAUUUUCUUCAACAUAACACUCCGUCGCAAAACUCUCUUCUACACCGUCAAUCUUAUCAUACCCUGUGUUGGCAUCUCAUAUCUAUCGGUGCUCGUAUUUUACUUACCAGCCGAUUCUGGUGAAAAGAUUGCACUCUGCAUCAGCAUUCUGCUUUCACAAACUAUGUUCUUCUUGCUUAUAUCCGAAAUCAUACCGUCUACAUCGUUGGCAUUACCACUACUAGGAAAAUAUUUACUAUUCACUAUGCUCUUGGUGGGGCUGAGUGUUGUCAUCACAAUUAUUAUACUCAAUAUACAUUAUCGUAAGCCGAGCACACAUAAAAUGGCACCAUGGGUGCGCGCCUUCUUCAUCAAACGUCUGCCCAAAUUACUGCUUAUGCGUGUGCCCAAAGAUUUGUUGCGUGAUUUAGCGGCAAGUAAAAUUAAUUAUGGCACUAAAUUUAGUAAAACUAAAUUCGGCAAAGCGCUAAUGGAUGAGAUGCAAAUGAAUUCGGGCAGCUCAAGUCCAGAUUCGUUGCGACGCAUGCACGGACGUAUGGCUGGUUUGGGUGGUGGCGGAUGUAAUGGAUUGCAUGGGACCAGCGCUACCAAUCGCUUUAGCGGUCUAGUGGGUGCUUUGGGUGGCGGUUUAAGCACGCUCAGUGGUUACAAUGGCUUACCGUCGGUGCUUUCCGGUCUCGACGAUUCACUCAGCGAUGUGGCGCAGCGCAAGAAAUAUCCCUUUGAAUUGGAAAAGGCUAUUCACAAUGUCAUGUUUAUACAACAUCACAUGCAACGACAGGAUGAGUUCAAUGCGGAAGAUCAAGAUUGGGGCUUUGUUGCCAUGGUGUUGGAUCGACUCUUUCUAUGGCUCUUCAUGAUCGCUUCCUUAGUAGGUACAUUCAUGAUUCUUUGUGAAGCGCCUUCGUUAUAUGACGAUACGAAGCCGAUCGAUGUGGAACUGUCAGUUAUUGCGAAGCAAAUUUACAACUUAACCGAAAAGAAAUCUUAAAUGAAGCACUAGAAGAAUAGAACCAUCAGAAAAAUUUAUAAAUUAAAAUUAAAGCAAAGCUUAAUCAAACAAAAGCUUCUGUGUAAGUUAAGAAGCCGAUUAUGGGCAAAACCUAACCUAACUUACGUAAGCGUGAGGUGCACAACACAACACGCGAACGCCCGUGGACCCUUUUUGCAAGACUAAAAUGUUUCAUUGAAGUAAAUAAAGUAACUUAACCUCACAAUUUCAAUUGUGUGUACGCUAAAUAACGAAAAUUUGUUAAAUUAAAUAAAUCCAAUUAAAUAAAUAUUAACUGUAGUUAGUAAGCACUAUGAAUCACAAGU